CAUUCAACCCGACACGUCAAUCACCAAAAUUAUUUUCGCGAGUGAUUUUUUUUACGAAUUUCUGUAGAUUUAUCGUCAAAAAAGAGAAAUUUGAAGUAAAAAAGUCGUAAAAAUGACUUCAAUAACGGAACAACCGUGCUACACAAUCCUCAACGUACAGGAUUCGGAGCCCUACAAUGAACUACAGAUCAAACAAAAUUUAGAAAAGGGCGAAGUAAAUGUCAAAAUCGACACUUUGAAGCGCGUUAUUCAAUUAAUGUUGAAUGGCGAAAAAUUACCGGGGCUCCUGAUGACCAUUAUUCGCUUCGUGCUGCCCUUACAGAAUCACACCAUCAAGAAAUUGCUGCUUGUUUAUUGGGAAAUUGUCCCGAAAACCUCGGCGGAUGGCAAAUUAUUGCAGGAAAUGAUUCUCGUGUGCGACGCAUAUCGCAAGGACCUCCAACAUCCGAACGAAUUUUUGCGCGGAUCCACUUUGCGCUUCUUAUGCAAGCUCAAAGAGCCGGAAUUGCUUGAGCCGUUAAUGCCCGCGAUCCGUGCUUGCCUCGAACAUCGUCAUUCUUAUGUGCGACGCAAUGCGGUUCUCGCCAUUUUUACGAUUUACAAGAAUUUCGAGUGGCUCGUGCCGGAUGGGCCUGAAUUAAUUGCCAAUUUUUUGGAUUCGCAGCAGGAUAUGUCGUGCAAGCGAAAUGCCUUUUUGAUGUUGCUGCAUGCGGAUCAAGAGCGGGCGUUGAAUUACUUGGCUUCAUGUUUGGAUCAAGUCACGAAUUUCGGGGAUAUUUUGCAAUUGGUCAUCGUGGAGCUCAUUUACAAAGUUUGUCAUGCCAACCCGUCGGAAAGAUCGCGUUUUAUUCGUUGCAUUUACAAUUUACUCAAUUCCUCGUCGAAUGCGGUGCGUUAUGAGGCAGCAGGGACCUUGGUUACUCUUUCGACGGCACCUACAGCGAUAAAAGCGGCAGUCAGCUGUUACAUCGAACUGAUUAUCAAGGAAUCGGACAACAAUGUGAAGCUCAUUGUGCUUGACCGACUCAUCGCGUUGAAGGAAAAUGACCAUAUUGAGCGCGUUAUGCAAGAACUCGUGAUGGAUAUUUUGCGAGUUUUGUCCGCAACGGACAUUGAAGUGCGUCGGAAGACCCUAACACUCGCCAUGGAGCUUGUUUCAUCGCGAAAUAUCGAAGAAAUGGUCCUUGUACUCAAAAAAGAGGUGUCUAAAACGCAUAACGUCGAACACGAAGACACCGGAAAGUACCGACAACUCUUGGUCCGUACCUUGCAUGCAUGUUCAAUUAAAUUUCCUGAUGUCGCAGGCACCGUUAUCCCGGUUCUCAUCGAAUUUUUGUCCGACACAAAUGAACUUGCCGCCACUGACGUGUUGAUUUUCGUGCGAGAAGCCAUCGAAAAGUUCACAGAACUGCGUCCUUUGAUAAUUGAGAAGCUAAUUGAAGCUUUUCCAGCGAUAAAAUCCGCUAAAAUUCAUCGUGCUGCCCUCUGGAUCCUCGGGGAAUACGCAAGCACCAACAAUGACAUCCUCGAGGUGUUCGAAGUGCUUAAACAAACGCUCGGAGAAGUCCCCAUUGUGGAAGCGGAGCAGAAAAAACUGCUUGGCGAGCAAGAUGAGACCGAAAAUAAGGAAAAUUCGGCGAAUAAUCAAGUGAAUCAAGCGACAAAAGUGACAUCUGACGGCACAUAUGCCACACAAAGUGCAUUUUCCGUAAGUGUAACGGCGAAAAAGGAGCAACGUCCGCCCCUGAGGCAAUAUUUGAUGGAUGGCGAUUUCUUCAUUGGCGCUACAAUUGCGACAACUGUCACGAAAUUGGCACUGAAAUUCGUGGAAUUGGAAAAUAAUGUGCAAAAAGCGAAUCGUGUGACAACAACUGCCAUGCUGAUCAUGAGUGCGAUCCUCCAUUUGGGCAAAUCGGGGCUUCCAACGAAGGCAAUUACGAAUGACGACACAGACAGGAUCUUCUUUUGCCUGAAAACGCUGAGUCAUCGUUCGCCGGAGAUGGUUCACAUUUUCCGUACGGCAUGCCGAGAUGCGUUGGCGAACAUGCUCAAGGCACAUCACGACGAAGAAGAGCAAACGCAAAAGUCGAAAUCGAAGAAAACGGUGAAAGUUCAACCGGAUGACCCGAUUACGUUUGCCCAGCUCUCGAAUGGGCGCGAUAAUCAGCUGGGCGAGAACGUUUUCGAGUCAAGUUUGAAUCAAGCGUUGGCGGGAACAAAAGGCACGAGUAUGUCGGAUGUCUUGACGCACUCGAGUAACUUGAAUAAAGUCACGCAACUCACGGGAUUUUCGGAUCCGGUGUAUGCCGAGGCCUAUGUGCAUGUCAACCAGUAUGAUAUUGUCUUGGAUGUGCUGGUUGUUAAUCAAACAAAUGACACCCUUCAGAAUUGCACCUUGGAACUCGCAACUGUGGGUGACUUGAAGCUGGUUGAAAGACCACAACCUGUUGUAUUAGCUCCUUUAGAUUUUUGUAACAUUAAAGCUACUGUUAAAGUGUCCUCGACCGAAAAUGGAAUUAUUUUCGGCAAUAUUGUAUAUGACACAACAAACUCUUCCAACGUCGUUAUCUUAAACUCCAUUCACAUCGACAUCAUGGACUACAUUUUGCCCGCAACAUGCACCGAUACCGAAUUCCGCUCGAUGUGGAUCGAGUUCGAGUGGGAGAACAAAGUUUCCGUCAACACAUCCAUUCAGGACUUGCACGAAUAUCUGAAAUUCAUCCUGAAAUCGACAAAUAUGAAGUGCUUGACCCCGGAGAAGGCGCUCGUGGGCGAUUGUGGCUUCAUGGCGGCAAAUUUGUACGCAAGAUCGAUCUUUGGCGAAGAUGCGCUCGCCAAUUUGAGCAUAGAAAAGCCUUUCGACAAACCCGAUGCUCCCGUCACGGGUCACAUUCGGAUUCGGGCAAAGAGUCAAGGAAUGGCUCUUAGCUUAGGAGACAAAAUAAAUAAUACGCAAAAAAUGCUGCAAGAGAAAAAGUAGAGAAGCAACAUUUAAAUUUUAUUCCAACUUAUUUUCACACUUAUCAUUGUUAUUUCUAAGAAAUCGUAUUGAAAUAAAAGAAUCU